AUGGAGGCGCUCUACCUGCUGGCCUCCCUGGCCACCACCAUCCUCACCUCCACCCUGCUCUCCCUGCUCCUCCUCCUCCGCCUCCCCUUCGCCCGCCGUUCCGCUCCCGGCGGCACCGGCGCCGGCGCCGCGCGGCUCUACGAGGGCCGCGUCCGGCACUCGCGCCGGCGGCCGGCGGGGCACGCCUUCGAGUACGCCGUGCGCUACGCCCUCGUGGACCUCGACCUCCUCCCCCUCUCCGGCCACCUCUCCGCCGCCGAAGCCCGCAGCAUCGCCUCCACUUCAGGCCCCGUGCGUCUCCUGACGGUGCCCAAGAGCGUGGGAUACGAACAGAACCCACUAAGCGUCUACUACUGCUAUGACGCAGCGGCGCAAGGACAAAAUGAAGACCUCAAGAUGUGCAUCGCUGAAGUCACAAAUACUCCCUGGGGGGAGAAGGUGAUGUUUACCUUCCAACCGGGUUCCGAUCUCGUUGCAAAACCUUUACAUGUCAGCCCCUUCAUGGAUAUGUCUGGCAAUUGGAGUAUUCGUGCUGAUGCCCCCGACAAUAAUCUAUACGUGGCUAUUGCGGUGCAGCUGGCCGCAUUGUGCUGCCCCUGUGCCGUGUCAAAUAUUGUCUUUAAUGAUACAGCAGCGCUGCUUUUCAUUGCCGUUAAGUUAGGGGGAAAGUACACAAGUUCAGAAGGCUGUUCUUCUGGAAAUCGUACUAAGCACGCCUUCAGGCUUUGGUUGAAGAAUGUGAGAUUCCUAGACCAUCCGAGGUACCUGAGCGGGAGCUACAGGUCCGAAGCUCUGAAGCGCGACCUUGAGAUCCGUUCCUCCUGCAGCUUCCUGCAUCAGAAACCCAGAGAGAGCAUUGGGAGAAGCAGCACAGCAACGACCGAUGAAACAACAGAAAACUCGAACCAUCAGGAUUACAAAGAUGGCAGAGGGAGCAUCGGGGUGAGGUGGUGCGUCUGGAGGAAUGCUCAAUGGCCAUGGUGCUGA